AAAGUGCUCGCGUAGGGGGAGGGGUGUCCCGUCGGCAGGCACACAGACAGCAGGCAGCAGCUGCGGCGACAGCUCCCGGCACCGUUACACGUUCAAACAUCCACAUUAAGACUCUCACCUACGAAGAAUACACCGGGCAGCACCACAACCGGCCUCUAAAAUGGUAGACCGUGAGCAAUUGGUGCAGAAAGCCAGGCUGGCCGAGCAGGCGGAGAGGUAUGAUGAUAUGGCAGCUGCCAUGAAAUCGGUAACAGAGCUGAAUGAACCGCUCUCCAAUGAGGAGAGGAACCUCCUGUCCGUGGCCUACAAGAAUGUGGUUGGAGCAAGACGCUCGUCCUGGCGUGUCAUCUCCAGCAUUGAGCAGAAGACGUCAGCUGACGGCAACGAGAAGAAGAUCGAGAUGGUGCGGGCCUACCGGGAAAAGAUCGAGAAGGAGCUGGAGGCCGUCUGCCAGGACGUGCUCAACCUCCUAGACAACUUCCUGAUCAAGAACUGCAAUGAAACGCAGCAUGAGAGUAAGGUGUUCUACCUGAAGAUGAAGGGUGACUACUACCGUUACCUGGCCGAGGUUGCGACAGGCGAGAAGAGAGCCUCCGUUGUGGAGUCCUCUGAGAAGUCCUACAGCGAAGCCCACGAGAUCAGCAAGGAGCACAUGCAGCCCACCCACCCCAUCCGUCUGGGCCUGGCUCUCAACUACUCUGUCUUCUACUACGAGAUCCAGAACGCCCCCGAGCAGGCAUGCCACCUGGCAAAGACCGCCUUUGAUGACGCCAUCGCAGAGCUGGACACCCUCAACGAGGACUCCUACAAAGACUCCACUCUCAUCAUGCAGCUGCUACGAGACAACUUGACGCUGUGGACGAGCGACCAGCAGGACGAUGAGGGUGGCGAGGGCAACAACUAAAAAGUCCAAAACCUCAUUCUGCCAAAUCAACACAACACGCGCGCUCACAAAUGAUGACAAAAAUAGUAAUUGUUAAAAGUUGUUAAUUUAAAAGAAAAAUCAAACAAAAAAUAGGAGGGUGGGGUGGGGUUGGUGGAACAUCGGCCGCCUUUUUAGCCCAUAGUACCGAUGUGGCUGCUGUUCUUUAUUUUUCCACAAAUUAAAGGCGAAAAAAUAGUAGGAGGGAAGAAGUGUUUAGUUAGAGAAAUAUGCCAUGAUUAUCAAAAAACAAAAGAAAAACACCCAAGAAUGAAACUCCCUCCACAACAGCCUCUGCAGCAUUUGUCAGAAUACCAACUUAGAUCACAAGUGGUACGUCGCCCACUGCAGUGUGAAAAACGAGGAUUCAGUCACCUUCACACCCACCAGAGACUGAUCUAAUCGUGCAAAUGAAGCUGAGCUGUCUUAAUGCGUUUGGCAUAGGGAGGUGCAUUCAGAAAUUCACUUCUCGAUGCUUGAGCAGCAAGAAAAUUAGCGCAACCUUGAAUGUCAUGGCCUUGCUUAGUGAGAGAGACAGACUGAGUGAGAGUGAGUGAGAGAGUAGAUGGGUUCCAGGGAGGAACGUGGGCUCGUUAGGGAUGUUAGGCGUGGUGGCAUACCUUCAAAGAAAUGUACUGACAUCUUUAGUUGCACCGCAGCGGUGAUGGCUGAGUGACAAGCAGGUUGUUUUUGUGUGAAGACAUAGAAAAUAAAUAAUGGUUUCUGUUUGUUUGCUUUGUGUCGGGUAUGUGUCCAGCUCAGUCACACAGUCAGUCAUACUGUGACUAAAACUGCAAACUCAUACAGUAAAAAAAAAAAAAAACAUAGUGCAGCUUGUCCCUCUCAUGUGCUGAUGUGCUUUCUUAAAUAAAUGACCUGUUUUUGGACACCUAACUCUUAUUGUCAGUAUUGUCAUUACUGUAACAUCAUCGAUUGGCUCCUUGUGUUUAUGGGAAACAAUUUGAUCCAGAUGAACAAAACGAAAUCAAAGAACACUGACUGAAAAUCCGCCUCCAGGCAAUGCUGUCUUUACUACGAUUCGACAGGAUCUCUGAAAAGUUACCCGGAACCACAAACCUAAGUAACGAACUAUUUGUGAGCAGAGCACACACAUUGUUAAAUUGGAAGCUGUACAAGCAGAUUUGAGGUUUGUGAUUAACUUUGUUUUCAGUUUCUUCUUGGUCAAGGAAAUGCAUUUGCCUACUAUACUGUCUCUUCAGUGUGAGAUGAUAACCACUCCAAUAUUCUCCUUAAAACAAUAUUGUGCAUGCUGGUGAUGUAUUUAUACAGUAGCUUCAAUUAAUUAACUUAUACUGUAGAUGUUAUGUAUUCAUAUGAACCUGGAAUUAUUAGACAUUAAUCAGAUAAUUUUCUAUUUAUUUCCUUUUUGUUACUAUUGUUAGCUAGACCUUCUUUUAAUCUGUGUUUUCUUUACUCCAUUCGCUGAAGUGCGCUAUACCAAAACAGUGAUUGUUAACAAUAAAUUGAUCUGUUACAGACA